AACAGGGAACCCCCAUCCUCCUGCCCGGCCUUCAAAGAGGUUCCAGGCCCUUGUGACCCGGAAGAUCUACUGGAUGGUGUGAUUUUCGGGGCAAAGUACCUGGGUUCCACGCAGCUGGUUUCAGAGAGGAACCCCCCGACCAGUGUCCGCAUGGCGCAGGCCCAGGAGGCGGUGGACAGGAUCAAGGCACCGGAGGGGGAGUCCCAGCCCAUGACGGAGGUGGAUCUGUUUGUCUCCACGCAGAGGAUCAAGGUGCUCACGGCUGACACGCAGGAGGCCAUGAUGGAUCAUUCCCUCCAGACCAUCUCCUACAUCGCAGACAUCGGCUCCCUCGUGGUGCUCAUGGCACGCCGGAAGCUGCCUCGGCGCUCAGAGGGCGGGUCCCUCGGGAGGGCGUUGGGGUCCUGGGCCCUGUCCCGCUGUAACGACUGGGCCCAGGUCAUCGCUCAGGCCAUCGGGCAGGCGUUUGGCGUGGCCUACCAGCGCUUUCUGGAGGCCAACAGCAUCGACCCAAGCGAGCUGAGCCCUCGCCAGUACAGCCGUGCCCUCGAGGACCAGGAGCAAUACAACGCGGAGCUGACUCACUUCUCCCGGCAGGAGAACUGCAAGGACGUCUGCAUCCGGAAGCAGAAGGGGGAGAUCCUGGGCAUCGCCAUCGUGGAGUCGGGCUGGGGCUCCAUCCUGCCCACGGUGGUCAUCGCCAACCUGAUGCACGGGGGCCCAGCGGAGAGGUCGGGCAAGCUGAGCAUCGGGGACCGCCUCAUGUCCGUCAACGGGACGAGCCUGGUGGGGCUGCCCCUCACCACCUGCCAGAGCAUCAUCCGGGAGCUGAAGCAGCAGACGGAGGUGACGCUGAACGUUGUGCACUGUUCCCCUGUCACCACGGCUGUCAUCCGGCGCCCCGACUCCAAGUACCAGCUGGGCUUCUGUGUUGAGAACGGUGUGAUCUGCAGCCUGAUGCGUGGGGGCAUCGCAGAGAGAGGCGGGAUCCGCGUGGGGCACCGCAUCAUCGAGAUCAACGGGCAGAGCGUGGUGGCAACGCCGCAUGAGAAGAUCAUCCAGAUCCUCACGCAGGCAGUCAGCGAGGUCCACAUCAAGACCAUGCCAGCCUCCACGUAUCGCUUACUGACCGGGCAGGAGCAGCCCAUCUUCCUCUGA